AUGGGGCAAAGAACCAGCGCCGAGACGCGGCCUUUGCUGCCGCCAGGGGCUCCCGGACGGCUCCGAAAGCUGAGUCGUCUCUACGCGGACAGGGACAGCAAUAGCCCGGGAGAGGACGGGCGCUGCGGCGGGAUCGCGGCUUCGCUGCCUUCCGUUAGCGGGAACGUUACCGAUGACCAGAAUCUCUACAUCAACCAAGCUGUAGUGUUCAUUGAAGAUGCAAUUCAGUAUCGUUCCAUUUAUCACCGUGUGGACUCUGAUUCCUUGUGGCUUUAUCGGUGGUAUUAUUCAAGAGUUUGCCAAUGGAUUUUGAGUAUCACCAUUAUGCUAAUCUUAGUGCUUGCAUUCAUCGAACUCCCUUCAUCGCUUACUAUCACAUCAGAUGUGCGAUAUCGCUCGAAAGCCUGGGAGCCGCCUUGUGGCCUGACUGAAAGCAUUGAAAUGCUUUGUUUCCUUGUUUUUAUAGUGGAUGUCUCUGUAAAGAGUUAUCUAAUAGGAUGGGAAGAAUUUCGGAAAACAAAGUGGCUGUUGGCUUAUAUUGUGGUGCUACUUGUCUCACUUGUAGACUGGGCUACCUCGAUAUCUCUUUCCUGUGGCACGACUCUGAGAAUAAGACGAUUCCUCCGGCCUUUCUUUCUGCUUCAGAACUCUUCAAUGAUGAAAAAGACACUAAAAAGCAUAAAGAGUACUUUGACAGAAAUGGGAGGUGUUGGGCUGCUAUUGGUUCUUCACCUGUGUCUUUUUACCAUGUUUGGUAUGCUGCUGUUUGCUCGAACACAGGAUGGCCAACUGGAGAAGGAAUGGAAGGGAUAUUUUCACAGUUUGACAGAUUCAUGGACUACAUUGCUGGUAUUGUUGACAACUGCAAAUAAUCCAGAUGCGAUGAUUGCUGCGUAUUCUAAGAAUCGAGCUUAUGCCAUCUUCUUCAUACUCUUCAUUGUGAUAGGGAACUUGGUUCUGAUGAACUUGUUGACAGCAAUAACAUACAAUCAGUUUCGUGGCUAUCUUCUGAAAUCGGUCCAGACCUCAUUUUUCAGGAGACGUUUAGGAAUCCGUGCUGCAUUUGAAGUUCUUUGUUAUCUGAAAGAGACUGCUGUCAAUAAUGAUGUUUUGUGUGUCCCAACUUGGACCCUUUUACAAGUGGUGAGGAAAGUAGAAAUGAAUUCCCACUGUAAGAAAGCAAUAAUUGAGAGGCUUAAGUCAUAUCCUCAUGGAGGAGGACUGUCAUCCGCUCAAUUUCAGUCACUCUUUGAUGAACUUGACAGAGAAUCAGUUAAAGAGCAUCCUCCAAGACCAGUUUAUGAGUCACCUUUUCUACAAAGAAUCCAGUUUGUCUUUGGUCAUAGUUACUUUGAGUAUUUAGGAAAUGCUGUAGCUUUAGCAAACAUCAUUUCUGUAUGUGUGGUCUUGGUAUUAGAUGUGGAAAAGCCACCGGAUAUCCGUGAUGACUUCUUUUUAGGGGUUAUAAACUGUUUCUUCAUUCUCUGCUACCUGCUGGAAAUGUUGCUGAAAGUAUUUGCAUUGGGAUUAAGAAGAUAUUUAUCUUACACAAGGAACAUCUUUGAUGGAGUUCUGACUGUAGUUCUGAUGGUUUUGGAAGUGUCAACAUUUGCUGUGUAUGGAUUUCCUCAUCCAGGCUGGAAACCCGAAAUGCAGGGCUUGUGGUCUCUGUGGGACAUGGUGCGUCUGGCAAACAUGCUGAUUGUGUUCAGAUUUCUGCGAAUUAUUGCCAACAUGGAGUUCAUGUCUGUAGUUGCUAGUACACUGAUAGAUCUGGUGAAAAAUUUAAGAGCCUUUGCUGGGAUCUUAGUGGUGAUUUUCUACAUAUUUGCAUUACUUGGCACAGCGCUCUUUAGGGGGGCUGUUGUUCCUGUGGGCAACGUUAGCGCUGUGAACAUGACAUCUGGUAACACCACCUUUCAGUGUGGUACUUUCGAACAACUGGAGUAUUGGCCAAACAACUUCGAUGACUUUGCUGCAGCAGUGGUGACCCUGUGGGAUGUGAUGAUUGUGAAUAAUUGGCACGUUUUCUUGGAUGCAUUUUCCAGAUUUACGUCUCCAUGGUCAAAAUUGUACUUCAUUGCCUGGUGGCUGAUUUCCUCCGUCAUGUGGGUCAAUCUGUUCAUUGCAUUACUCCUGGAGAACUUUAUUCACAAGUGGGAUCGUCGCAACAAUCAUCCAUCUCUCUCAAAAUUUGAAUACCAAAUGACAGUGGAACUCCUGUUUAGGGAUGUUUUGGAAGAACCUACAGAGGAAGAGCUGAUUGAAACUCUUUAUCAGCAUCCACAUAUGGAUCUACGCAGGUGAUCCCUUGGUGCAAGCAGCAAUUGAUUUUUGCACACCUCUGUGCAGGUGUUACAGCUGAAAGAAAGAGACUGCAACUCUUUUUUGAAAGAAGUGUUUCAUCUUUGACUUUAGUUUUGAAUGCUUCCUGCAAUAUAAGAUCUUUAGGGACCAACAUAUUUUUGUUUUUUAAAAAAAUAUUUUAAUUUGAAUAUGAUUUUAUUUCAGCUUUUUAAUGGGACCAUGGCACCGUCACUUUAAAAGUCUGGAAGACAAAUUGACAGAGCAAUUAACUACUUGUAAGGAAGGGAAAUGUAUGACAAUUACAUUGCACUUUACAAUGGAAACUAUGGAAGUUACAUAACCACUACACUGACUUAUUGCUUAUAUCUAUUUUUUAAACCCUGUAAAUAACUUAGCUGAUUUUUUCAGUGUUCAUUGUCUGCUGUGUCAAGAACAGUUCCUUAAAAUCCACAAAACAUUUUGACAAAUACAGGUGAUUUUUUUCCCAAUAGCAAGAAGAGUUUUUAUGCUUAAUUUUGGAAUUGAAAUAAGAGGCCAUCAUCCUGACAAUACUUGAAAAUAGUUAACCUAUGGUUAGCAUGAAGGAUAAUCACAAUCAUUACAGCUUUGAACUCAAGGACUACUCUUGGGACUGCUCUGAGUUAAGUGAUUGGAAGGCUGCGGCACUGUGGUCAUUGGAGAUGCUUAACCUUCAUUAGUUUCAGUGAAUGUUACACAAUCCCUGCCGGUGCCUUAUUGAAAUGAUUAGCAGCUAUACAGUUGUAGAACUUAGUGGAUUGUGGUUGUGUAUUGCAUAGUCAGGUGCCUUGAUGUAACAAGGCAGCCAUGUUCAUGAAAAGCAGGCUCACUUACACAGUUGCCAUUACAGGUUUGUGAACCAUGCAUGCAAACUGGAUGCUCACCUGAGAACAUGUCUGCAUUGCAGUACAUGCCUGGAUUUGAGGUAUCCAGUGUUAAUGCACUUCUGCCAGUGCAUUGUUUUAAUGAGGAUGCUCCUCUUUUUGAAGGACAAUACCUAUCCAUGUGUGCUAUUUUGGACCACUAAUCAUGUGCGGUACCUUGUGGAUUAUGACUCUAGAUUGAGGCCAUUAUGGUUUUUAUAAGGGUUUUUUAUAUAAAUAAGGAGCAUUGGGGAGGGGACCCUUUCUGAUUGGAUAAAUUAUUUUAUGCUCCAGAGUAAGCACUGUGUCCAUGUGCACUGUUUGCAGUUGUAUUCUUCUGCUGGAGUGGUGCCUGCUAGCUUUAUCAAUCUGCUGUGCCUUUGGAAUCUGGUUAGGGUUAGAAAACUACUUCCAGGAUCUUGAGGCUGUUCAAAUUUCCCUCUAAAACCACAUAGAGAGAAACUUUGGGUUAUCAUCCAUGCAAAGUAAAACUAGACAGGCUAUCAGUGUUUGGAACACUGACUAGGUAUCAAAUCUCAUUCGACAAAGGUAAAAGCAGCUUCCAUUUAGAGCAGUUUUUAAAGAAAAACUUUGGCCCAUGUGGAGCUGCUCCUUCAUCCAGUGCUUAGGAAGUUGCCCACAAUUUGUGAUAAAAAUCUAAUUUACAUAUUGGUUUGUUCAAUUUCUUUUUUGAGCAUUAUGUUGUUUUUAGCACAACAAGCAUUCUGUGUAUUCACCCCAACAGUUGGGUUUCUUGUCUCUCCCCCUUUCUUCUUUGCAGUGGUGCCAUUUGGCCAGUAUUAUUUGCCCAGUCUACCAAUGCAAUAUAAAUUUCAUUCCUUUGUCCCCUGGGACCUUUUUUUAAUAGAGAAACCACUAAAUAUAGUCUAUAUUUUAUGAAUUGUUGUAUAUUGAAUUGAAUGUGUUCAAUAAGCUACUGUAAGCUGUAUCAGUACCAGUCCUGUAUUAAGAAUGCAGAUACUUGAAUGUAAUUACUGUGAAUACAGUAAAAUAUUU